CGUUGUUUUAGAAUCUUUUAAACGUGAUAUUCGUCAUCAGGAGCUCAAGUUGUACUAGUCCUGUUACUCUCGAACAAUCCGGAUAAAGUCGAUGUAAAUGUGGUACACUCUCGAAAGAAUCACCCUAUACUGUUAGUCGAAUUGACUUCAAUACAAUUCCAGAAUAUUCUAAAAUACCUGAUUUCAAUUUACAUUCAAUCAUUCAACAUCCUUAUUGUAUGAAUUAUAAUUUCAAGGUUCAUCAUUGAUCAAGAAUUAUCAGUCAAGUAUUCGAUUAAAAUAUGAUAAUCUAUGGUUUACAAACCCAUUGGAAUUAUCAAGUCCAAUUGAGGAGAUCGUGACAUCAUGUUCAAAAGUUGCUAAUGUUUUUUUACCGGCUGGUUUUCACGCAAUUGAUCUUGAAGUUCAAACAUUUGUGGAAUAA